AUGAGCUUCGGCAAAGGCGGAAGCGACCGCGUAAGGUGGGAUGAGGAGGAGGAAGUGAAGAGCAUGAAUCCGCUUCGACAGUUGAUCAGAUCGUGUUAUCAAUGCAGUUCGGUCGAUGAUGGUUGCAUGUACGUUACGACGUACGCAUAUCAUUUCGACUUGUUUCAGGAAACGAAACAGGAGAAAGACAAAGAAAACGAAAAUAAUGGGAAUGUAGGAAAAAGCAACAGAAGCGGUAGCAAAGCAUGGAAAAAACUGGACAUUGAUGUUGAUUACUCAGGACGUGAAGGACAAGGCAGGCGUGGCAACAGUGGUUUGGGUAAUAGAAAUGAUCAUCCCCCGAAAAACAGGUUUCAAUUUGGCCUCAUUUUGCAACACAAGAAGGGUCACAGGGCCUUCGAGCAUCAGCACCAUAAUGCACCAUGCACUCAUCCGACAUUCGAAUUUUCGUUAAAAACAUCUAUGAUUUUGACGGAUAUAAUAAAUCUCUAG